UCAGAGUUCACGCAGCCUCUUUCACCAAACUCCAGUGACGGACCGAAACGCACGGAUUUUUGUUCUUCUGUCGGGAUACCGGUUUUACUUCGCUGCUUGAAAUCUCGGAAAAUACACUUUGUUGCUACUUUGUAGCUACUGACUCUUUUAACUAUAAACUUUGCAACUUAAAAUCAUGACCCAAUUCAACAAGGGACCAGCCUACGGAUUAUCCGCAGAGGUUAAAAGCAAGAUUGCUCAGAAGUAUGACAUGCAAAAAGAGGAGGAGCUGCGCUUCUGGAUUGAGGAGGUUACGGGCAUGCCCAUCGGAGACAACUUCCAGAAGGGCCUGAAGGAUGGGGUCAUCUUGUGCGAACUGAUCAACAAACUACAGCCUGGUUCAAUAAAGAAAAUCAACCAUUCACAGCUGAACUGGCACAAGCUGGAGAACCUUGGGAAUUUCAUCAAAGCCAUAUUAACUUAUGGCUUGAAGCCCAAUGAUAUCUUUGAAGCCAAUGACCUCUUUGAAAAUGGGAAUAUGACUCAAGUCCAGACCACACUGCUCGCUCUGGCCAGCAUGGGAAAGACCAAAGGCAUGGACUCAAAGAUUGACAUCGGGGUGAAAUACGCAGACAAACAAGCACGGCAUUUUGACGAUGAGAAGAUGAAGGCUGGCCAAUGUGUAAUCGGACUACAGAUGGGAACCAAUAAGUGUGCGAGCCAGGCCGGCAUGACUGCUUACGGGACAAGGAGACAUCUGUACGAUCCAAAGACACAGACGGACAAGCCUUACGACCAGACCACCAUCAGUCUACAGAUGGGCACCAACAAAGGAGCAAGUCAGGCUGGCAUGUCUGCCCCAGGCACCAGGAGGGACAUCUUUGACCAGAAGGUGGCACAGCAGCCGGUCGACUCCUCCACCAUCUCCCUGCAGAUGGGCACCAACAAGGUGGCAUCCCAGAAGGGCAUGAGUGUCUACGGGCUGGGCCGCCAGGUCUACGACCCCAAGUACUGCGCCCCUCCCACGGAGCCCGUUAUCCACGCCAACGGCAGCCAGGGCACGGGCACCAAUGGCUCGGAGAUCAGCGACAGUGACUAUCAGGCCGAGUACCAGGAGGAGGAGUACCAGGGCAGUUACCAUGACGAGUACAGCGGACACUACACCGACCAAGGCAUCGACUAUUAGGCAUGGCCCAUCACACCGUUAGUCGAAGCAGUAUUAACUAGUUGUAUUAUCAACAGAGCAAGUCUUUUGCUAUCCUCGCUAGUCUUCCUGUAUUUUUUUUUUAUUAUUAUUUGAAAUGUUGGAUCAUUUUAGGCAUUAUGUUGCCCGAAUGACUGUUUUUUUUCUCCCAGCCUUCCAUUCAAUGGCGGUUUGAACAGCAAUGCUUUGUUUUGUUUUGGGGAUUUGUUUUAGAAUGGUAAUAUAUAUGGUGAUUUCUGCCAUUUAAAGAUUGAGACCAUUCCAUUUAGUUCCCUUUUUCAUUUUUUAGAAUGGUAAAAUGGAGAUUUAUCCCGUUUUAAAGAUUGAGACCAUUCCUUAAUGUUUUUAAAAUGUCUAAUGAAGUAUGGAUUACUGUGAAGUAUUGUCUCCCUUCCUUUCAAACUAUGCAGCAUCUGCUUCAUGCAAUAAUUCUACCCUCUUAAAAAUACCUGAUGACUUUUUGUAUUAAGAUUUCAAUAUUUUAAAAAAGAAAUCAGAAUCAUCAGUCUUAAGGUUUGGCAGCCAUUUUGAUUUUGUCUGAUGCUCUUUCACUCUCUAGUCCUUCCUGUCAUGAUCUGACAUCAAUCUUGGGAACAAGAGUUGAGAACCGGAAGACAAUUUCUUGCAUCAUUCCAUUCAUAUUUUUUUUGUUUUGUUAUUUUUUUACAUCACUGGAAGAUCUCUUCUGACUUUCCUGACCUCCUUUCUUCUCUGAAAUCACAAAAAAAGUGUGAGUGCUUUGUUUGUAAAGAAUAACUUCAGUAGACUGGAUGACCAAAAAGUUUUAGUUUUCCUGCUUUUACUGCCUAGGGUUUUUUUAUUUGUGCAAUUAUGUCUCAUGUUUUGAAAAGAAGAGAAAAAACUAUCCCAUGCUCCCUCUGUAUUUAUUGCCAUGUCUCUCAGUAUAAGCCUUUCCUGUCAUAUGGUUCUUUUUAUGAAUAAAUUGUAUGUUAUAAAUAAAGCCUUAAAUGAC